CGCGGGUAGGCCCAGAGCACCUCUCUCCUCACCAGCAAUGGUCAAGCAGCCGGAUAGCGACCUCGCCCAGCAGUCGGUGCUCCAGGCCGUCGUCCUCGCCGAUUCCUUCGCGCAGGCCUUUCGGCCUGUCUCGUACCAGGUCCCAAAGGCGCUGAUGCCGCUGGUGAACGUGCCGAUGAUCGAGUACACGCUCGAGUUCCUGGCGGCGUCGGGCGUGCAGGAGAUUUUUGUGUUUUGCUGCGCGCACGCCGAGCAGGUCAUCUCGUAUGUGCGCGAUUCGCAGCUCGAGCUCCGCCUCGCCUCCGUCCGGCUGCACGUCCUCGCGGCAAAGUCGCCCUGCUUCUCGGCCGGAGACGCCCUCCGCGAGGUGGAGGCGCUCGGCGUCAUCACCUCCGACUUCGUGCUCUGCCAUGCCGACGUCGUCUCAAACCUCGAGCUCGGCUCUGUGAUUGCGGCGCACAAGGCGCGGCGCGAGUCCGACCGCGACGCGGUGAUGACGACGGUGCUGCGACGGGUGCCGGCGGGCAGCCGCUCGCACCGCGCCGAGGACGCCACCCUCGUCGCCACGAGCGGAGAGACGGGGCGGCUGCUCCUGUACGAGCAGGCUGGCAAGUCUGUGAGCCAGUUCGAGUACCUCGGCAAGACCAUCUACACGCACGUCAUCACCGACGCGUACGCGACGCGCGUGCACGACCCGCGCUCGUUCGACGGCGUGAGCCGUGACAUCCUGCGCCGCUGGGCCUACCCGCACGUUCCCGACUCGAACGGGCUGCCCGGCGCGGCGUACAAGUGCGGCCGCGGCGGCGUCUACAAGGAGCGCGGCGUCUCGCUCGCGCGCUCGUGCGUCGUCGAGGGCGCCUCCGCGCUCGGGGCGGGCAGCAGCGUCGGCGAGCGGAGCGUGGUGCGGGCGAGCGUGCUUGGGCGUGGCUGCUGCGUCGGGAGCGGCUGCACGGUGGAGGGGUCGUACUUGUGGGCCGACGUGCGGGUGGGGGAGGGCGCGGCGGUGCGCGGCGCAAUCUGCUGCGACGGGGUGGUGAUCGGCGCGGGCGCGGUCGUGCCGAGCGGCUGCCUGCUCGGCCCUGGCGUGGAGGUGCCCGCGGGGGCGGACGAGGUCGUGCCGGGCGAGACCUUCUUCUCGGAGGUGGAGGCGACGAUGCAGCGCGGCAUCGAGGCCGACCACACCGUCGAGAACGUGGCGCUCGAGGUCAACAGCCUCAAGUUUGCGCAGAACCGCACCUUUGCGGACUGCCUGCAGCCGCUGCUGCUCACGCUGCUCUCGUCGCUCCAGUUGUCGACGCGCACCAAGAAGGAGCGGCCGCGCGAGAUCAAGCGCUGCCUCAAGCGGUGGGGCGCGCUGCUCGGCCGCUUCGUCCAGUCACAGGCGGACCAGGACGUCCUCCUCGCCACCCUCAUCUCCGUCGCCACCGAGAGCGACGCGCUCGCGGACGUCCUCUCGGAAGAGGCGAUUCUGCGCUGGGCAUCGGCAGCCGAGGCGGCGCCGUGCGGCUCGCCCACGCGCGCGCUCCUCGACUCGGCCGCGCCCUUCCUGACGUGGCUGCAGGAGGCGGAGGAGGAUUCGGAGGAGGACUGA